CAUUUUAUUUUAUUUCUUUUCUUUUCAAUCCGCUUUUUUGUUCAAUUCAUAAAUUAUGAAGGCACUUAUUCUUGUUGGUGGCUUUGGUACACGUCUUAGACCUCUUACUUUGACUCUUCCUAAACCUCUUGUUGAGUUUGCUAAUAAGCCUAUGAUUCUUCAUCAAAUUGAAAACUUGGCCAAGGCUGGUGUUACGGAUAUCGUCUUGGCUGUAAAUUAUAGACCUGAAAUUAUGGUAGCUGCCUUGAAAGAAUAUGAAAAAGAAUAUGGAGUCACAAUUACUUUUUCUGUUGAAACAGAACCUUUGGGUACAGCUGGUCCACUAGCUUUGGCUCGUGACAUUCUUGCAAAGGAUGAUUCCCCCUUUUUCGUAUUAAAUAGUGAUGUCAUUUGUAAUUAUCCUUUUGAACAGAUAAGAGACUUUCAUAAAUCACAUGGUGAUGAAGGCACCAUUAUUGUUACAAAAGUAGAUGAUCCUUCUAAAUAUGGUGUGGUUGUUAAUCAUCCAAAUUCAACAAAGAUAGAGCGUUUUGUUGAAAAACCUCAAACCUUUAUUAGUAACAAGAUUAAUGCUGGUAUUUAUCUUUUUAAUCCUUCCGUAUUAAAUCGUAUUGAAUUGAAACCUACUUCAAUUGAAAAAGAAAUCUUCCCUGGUAUUGCUCGUGAUGAACAAUUACAUACUUUUGAUUUGGAAGGUUUUUGGAUGGAUGUAGGACAACCUAAAGAUUAUUUGACAGGCACUUGUCUUUAUUUAUCUCACCUCACAAAACACAAACCACAAGAACUUGCAAAUCCUAAUCACGAUUAUGUCUAUAAGGGUAAUGUGAUGGUUCAUCCAACCGCUAAAAUUGGAAAAGAUUGUCGUAUAGGCCCUAACGUUGUGAUUGGUCCAAAUGUCGUAAUUGGUGAUGGUGUUCGUUUACAACGUUGUGUUAUUCUAGAAGGUGCAAAAGUCAAAGAUUAUGCGUGGGUUCAAUCUAGCAUUGUAGGCUGGCAUUCCUCUGUCGGACGAUGGUCACGAUUAGAAGGUUGUUCUGUACUUGGUGACGAUGUUUCUAUUGGUGAUGAGAUCUAUGUUAAUGGUGGAUCUAUUUUACCUCACAAGUCUAUUUCUUCAAAUAUUACUGAACCACAAAUUAUCAUGUAAAUAGGUUAUGAAAUAAUCUCUCUCCUUUUUUCUGAUUUGUUUCCCUUUCCCUCUCCCCACCCCUUUUUUUUUUUUUAAUUACCUUAUACAAUUAUAAAGCACGCCUCUUUUCUAAUAAAUAUGUAAUAAAUUAAAUAAUAUCUGAGAUUCUAAUACACUCUUUCUUAAAUCACAUGGCACGCUUUUUCUUUUUUAUAGCACAAUUUUAUUUUCCA